ACGUUCCGCGAAUCGACCAUAAUAACGUGAACGACAGUCAGCGUGCGCGCCUCAACCAAUCCUACAAACGGGACCUUUGAUAUCCAGCUGCUUACUCGUGUCAAUACUAAACAUUCGUUAAGUAAUAACUGUAUCGUGUGUUUUUAAAGUGCUCAGUGUUAUGAGCCAUUUGAGCUUGUGUUUACAAUUGUGCUUAAGACGGAGUGAACGGAUUCUAAAAUUUUAGAUAAUUAAGGGGCACUUUAAGAAGAAAUCUAUAUUGUAUACUCGAAGAACUUUGAGGCUCUGCGAGGACAGAGAUGCGCAUGUGGUGGCGCGCUUUGUCCAUUUGUGCAUUCGCAUUGGUGCUUCAUACAGAUGCCCUUCCUCCUGCAACUCUUGGAGAUGUUGUUGCCAAUGCGGCUUCUAGCCUCAAUUCCAUGAAGGUGACCGGAGCUUGGAGACGCUUAUCUAGCACCGUUAGUGAGUCAGUUGGAUUGAAGCACGCCCUGCGAAGAUUACAAGCCGUGCCGGCUCGGGCUGCGAGACUGGUCCACGCCUUGGUAGACCGUAUGAGAGUCGGCGGCGGUCCUAUCAUCUCAACAAAAUAUGGUGCUCUGCGUGGUCGAAAGCUUGUUACUCGUACCACCAGCCAAACUCCUUACUACAGCUUCAAAGGAAUUAGGUAUGCGCAACCGCCGCACGGGUCUCUGCGUUUCCGACCUCCAGUUCAAUUGGAGCCCUGGUCAGGGGUCCGGGAUGCGCUAGAAGAAGGAGCAGUCUGCCCUCAUCGGUUUAUGUUAUUUGAUACAUAUAAGGGCGAUGAGGAUUGUCUCUUCCUAAACGUAUAUACUCCAGCGUUGCCUGAUAAUAUUUCUGGGUACAAUCCAAAAUUAGCCGUAAUGGUUUGGAUCCACGGUGGGGCUUUCGCGGUUGGAUCCGGCAAUGCUUUCUUGUACGGUCCUGACCAUUUGGUCGGCGCUGGAGUAGUUCUGGUCACCCUAAACUACAGGCUUGGAGCUCUCGGCUUUUUAAGCCUCGAAAACGAAGAAGUCCCUGGCAAUAUGGGACUCAAAGAUCAAGUAAUGGCUCUCAAAUGGGUACGAGACAAUAUUGAGGCAUUUGGCGGCGACUCGUCUCGAGUCACAAUCUUCGGGGAAUCCGCUGGUGCAGCCUCCGUACACCUUCAUAUGCUUUCACCGGCCUCACGGGGUUUGUUUCAUGGAGCCAUAGCUGAAAGCGGCGUGGCCCUGUCUCCGUGGGCACUCGCACAACAACCUCGAGAGCGUGCCUUCGAACUCGGCAGAGAGCUUGGUAUCGACACCAACAGUACAGCAGAAUUACUAGGGUAUCUCCGCGCGACUCCGAGCGAGUUGCUAGUGAAGGCGGGAGCGAGACUGGCAGGAGCUCCUGGUAAAUCAGCCGAUCUACAGAGCACAGUCGCGCUGCCAUUCUUACCGGCCGUCGAGCCUGACUUGCCAGACUCAUUCCUCACUGAAACUCCGAGAAACUCUCUCCCGGGAGCAGACGUACCGUUUCUGACAGGAUACAACGCACAGGAAGGCUUAAUUUUAUUUCGACGUUUACAACGCUAUCCGAAGUUGCUGGUAGAAUUGGACCAAGAGUUCAAACGAGUGGUCCCACCGGAGUUACUUCAGCAAAACGUUACCCUAAACCAAAAAAUAACGGACGUCAUCAGGGCAUUCUACUUCCAACAAAGACCUGUCGAUGUUAGAAACAUUGACAGUCUGAUUGAUCUAUUCACGGACGUCAUGUUCUUGAGGCCGACGUUGGAGACCGUGCGGCUUUACGGCGCUAGCAACAGAACUAGUCCAACAUAUUUAUAUCGGUUCGCAUUCGACGGCGCCCUGGGUCUCUUCAAACGGAUGCUGGGUAUUACGCACCCAGGAGCCUGUCACGGCGACGAAAUGGGAUACCUGUUUUAUUUCUCGAGAAUAAAUUACAGAUUAGACGAAGGUUCCACGGAAUGGGCCGUAUCGAAGAAAAUGGUACAAAUGUGGACUAACUUUGCUAAAACCGGAAAUCCGACACCACCGGUCGAUUACGAGUCUAUUGUAGAUUUUAAAUGGUUACCUGUAAAUGAGAGUUCGCACGUCAACUAUCUAGAUAUCACUGGGAACUUUACAUCGAAAGUGGACCCCGAGCAGAGGAGAAUCAAUUUUUGGGACUGGCUCUACGAGAAUUUUGCGAAAAAACCUUGAAAAUCCGUGAUUGUAUUGUUUGGGACUGUAUCAGUGAUUUAAAUUACGGAUGAUAAACCGACUUAUUAUGUAGAAAAAGAUGGAGACGCACGAACUAAUAAGACUUAAAAAAUUGUUUUUAUUUUUUUAUUGAUAUAUGAGUUCUAAGGUCUCGGUAUAGUUACAACGGCUGCCCCACCCUUCAAACCGAAACGCAUUACUGCCUCAGGGCUGAAAUAGGCGGGGCGGUGGUACCUACCCACGCGGACUCACAAGAGGUCCUACCACCAGUACAAAUGCUUAACUUUAAUUUUAAAGGAGUGACGACAUAUAUUAAGUUAGCGCUACAAAAAUCUGUUACAUGAAACAUAUUAAUGAACGUCUAAUGAAAUCUAUUAGGUGAUCUCAGAAAUACGCGUGAAGUCGUGAAGAAGCGUUUUAAAAAGAUCAAAUAAGUGACGAAAGAGGAUUGCGUAAAUGUCACAAUUGAGUCGUCUAUUAUCAAAGGUGGCAAUCUGUGCAUUUGGACAAAUUUUUUUUAUUGGUAUGUCAAUUCAGAUUGAUUUGAAUAUAAUCGUCUCCUUCAAAGAAUACGGUUCAAAACCUGCAUUAAAUGAAGGUUAAUAGUUAACCUGUUAUUUAUCUAAGAUGUCGUUCCGAAGAGUUUUGUGACUGCCAAUGGAAUACAAAGUCAAUAAUUUGUUUUUCUGAUUUACCAAUCAUCGUCCAAAAGUCAGAUUGCCGGCUUUGAUAAUAGACGACUCAAUUUAUCUAUUUUGGAUCGUUGUAAUUUAAAUUUAAAAGUGUGCUACGUAUCGAUUUGCAGCAAUAUUAUGAUGUCAAUGACGUGACGUUUCUCUUUGUGUUUCCCUUGACGACAAAAUAUACACCUCACGAGAUUCGUUCCAAAACUUUGUUUAGCAAACUUCAAUAACCCACUCCUAUCUUUUUCAUCAAUUACCUACAUACUCCUAACGUUCGUGAAAAAUCUAUUAAUAUCUUAGAUCAAAACGAAAUCGUGAUUUCAUAAUAAGACAUUUUGUAUGCCUGAUUUUUGGUUUAAACUUUUGAAUUAUAAUACGUUCUACUAACAGAAUAUGUACAUAAAUGAAUUAUCUGUCACGUAUUUUUAUUUUGAGAACUUUUAUGUGGUGACUGAGUCAUUACUAAUGGCCCCAAGCAAAUUACCGGUCCGAAUUCGAUUUCGGAUCAUUGUUAAAGAUGCCUAGGGUCUGGUUGUUUUUGUUAUUGUUUCGUGCGGGUGUUCACCCACGGGAACACGCGAGUAAAUUAGCUAAGAACCAUUAAAUCAGAAGCGCUUGUAUAUUCUAGAAAGUACUCUAGUUUCAUUUCUUAUAGAAGUGAAUAAUGAGGUUUUGUAUUAUUAAAUUAAGUUAAUAAAUAAAGUUUAAAUUUAAAAAUCACAUCGUGUUACUAAAAACGAUUUAAUUACUUAAUAUUCCGUAACAAUGAUUUUUAUUUCACUAUCACGGCCCAUCUUGUAGUAAGUGGUUUCCGGUGUCACUCACUUUGAGACAUAAGGUCUGUCUCAAUUGUACAGUAUAACGAAAUUAAUACUAUGUUAAAUUAAUACUUUUAUAAUAAGGAAUUAGAAUAAGUAGGUAAUAAAACUUUUUUCUAAA